AUGUUUUCAGAAAGAUUAGUCAGAGUUACUUUGACUCUACCGAAAUUUGAAGGCAAUCUAAAAUUAGAAUCAGAAGCUUAAACAACCACUUCAAGUUCAAGUAUCUCUUUUUUUUAAUAUUUAGGGAUCAUUUCAAUCAACACUAGACCCUAACUACUUGGUAAUAGAUAUCAUAAACAUGCUAUGACUUCUAUUUCUAAUCCUAAGCAUCUAUAACUAUAUACCCCAAUGCAAGAAAGCAAAAGAGCAAAGAGAUUAAAAAAUAUUCCUUAUGAACUCUAAUAUUUCACUCCAAAACUUCCAAAUAAAAAUUUUACCUCUAGUCACUUGAUGAGUAAUGAAUUGCUAAAACCUUCAACUGAUAAUAUUGAAAAUAAGGAUAAAUGGCAGAUUAAAUCCUAUAUUCCUAAAACAAAUAAUGUGUUCAGUUUAUGUUAAAUAAAAAAAAUUGAUUAAUAACAGAAAAGAAAAGAAAAAUUUUAAGAUUUAUCAUAAUUUAGAAAACCAAAUAUAAAAAAUAUUGAGAAUGAAAAAAUUAAAGUAAUAUUUUCUAAUUAUAUUUAGAGAUAUAAUAAAUAAAGAUAAGUCACUUAAAAUUUGAUUGAUUAAUUUAUCAAGUAAUUCAAAUCUCGUGCUAAAAUUGAAAAUUUCAGCUUGAAUCUAUGA